AUGUGUUGCAACUACUACAGUGGCUGUGGCUACGGCUGUGGCUAUGGUUCUGGCUAUGGCUGUGGCUAUGGUUCUGGCUAUGGCUGUGGCUAUGGUUCUGGCUAUGGCUGUGGCUAUGGUUCUGGCUAUGGCUGUGGCUAUGGCUCCCGCUAUGGCUGCGGCUAUGGUUCUGCCUGCUAUGGCUACCGGCCAUUUUGCUACAGAAGAUACUAUUCUUCUUGCUGGUAG